GUUAACUAUUUAAUCAAAAAUAUAAAGAAGUCUGUAUUCUGGGCUGUUACUGUGAUCCAGUGGUGUAGGCUAUAUGAGCGGAGAACUCUCCCAUUUCCCAUUCGACGUCAUGUAGGAAGCGCAGCAAGAAGGGAGGAGAAAUGAACCCGGGCAUUCUCUUAACACUCGUUCCCUUUCAUAAACAUAAUUUAAGCAUACCAGCAACUUACUACACAUAAAAUUUCAACGUUUAAAUACUUUUUAUUAUGGUUAAACGUCUUUUAAAUGAGUCCCGAAAGAUCCGGGUUGUCCUGCUGUGAUGUGUAAAUGAAAGAAAAGCGAAACGCGUGGAGUACUGGAGCCCACGGCCAAGAAGAAAAAGAUUCACUAGUGUCUUAAAGUCAAUGGAGCGCUUCUGGAGGACGUGCACUCACUUACCUGUUAGCAGAAAGACUGCUCUGAAGAUGAGUCAGUGAGUUACUGUUCCUCUUGCUGUUCCAGAAAACAAGACAAACAGUGGUUCCGUCUGACAUAACCUGAAAAUCAGAAUCACAAUGUCAUCUGAGGAAGAGGAGGCCUCAGACAGUAACAGUGGUCAGUCAAAAAGCAGGCUGAAGAGCAAGAAGCCACCCAGUCUGAUGAUUGCAAUUCCCAAACCUGAGUUUGACAAAAAGUCCCUGCGGCCAUCUUUUAAGAAGAGUGUGAGUCUACAGCAGUCAAGUGAAGGAUUAUCGGACAGCAGUCCAUCUACAAGGGACAGAAGAGGGACGCUGAGGAGGCAAACGUCACUCUCUCAGAGCAUACGCAGGGGUACUGCUCAGUGGUUUGGAGUGGGCAGUGUUGGUGAAUCCAAGCAGCAGGAAUGGCAUAGAAAGAGCCUCCGGCACUGCAGUCAGAGAUAUGGCAAACUGAAGCCCCAGUAUUGUGAACAGAAUGAGGCAGCCAGUCUGGACUAUGGCCCAGAGUCACCUGUGGCCCCCAGAAUGCCAAAGAUUGUGGAUCCUUUGGCUCGUGGGAGGCAGUUCCGUUAUGAAGAUUCUGAGCGGCCGAGGACACCCCAUACAGCAUAUCCUCCUUUGACCCCAGGUGUGACCUCUCUCUGUUCGUUCACCAGCCAGCGCUCUGGUUACACACAUUUGCCGAGGAGAAAAAGAGAAUCUGUGGCUCGUAUGAGCCUCCGUGCCGCGUCCAACCUUCUUAAGGGUCGACAGGGUCUACAAGGUACUCAAACUGCACGUGGAUUUCAAAGGAGGAGUUUUGCUCGGCACAGCUGGCUCGAGGAAGACACUGUGGACACAGCAGACACCUCUGAUUCAGUGUUUUUUAGCAAAGUAGAUGUUCAUGAGGAGCUUUAUUCUAUGGCAGAUGAUGUUUUUGAGUCACCCCCUAUAUCAGCUUCUUGUCCUGUGGCAAAUGUUUCUUUGGGCGAGGGGAUAUUAUUCCCAAGCUUAGGAAAAAAGGAUGUCCCCAAAACUGUGACGACCUCUGGGAAAGCCUCUUCUCAUCGUGGCGGUCGAAUUGCCUCCAAAGUGAAGCACUUUGCGUUUGAUAAACAGAGGCGUCAGUAUGGGAUGGGUGUGGUGGGGAAGUGGCUGAACCGACACUAUAGACGCAGCCUCAGCAGCCAAGUACAGAAACAACUGGAAGAUUUUCACAGUCAUCGGCCAUAUUUUACCUACUGGAUCACCUUUGUGCAUAUUGUCAUAACACUGCUGGCCUGCAUUACAUAUGGAUUUGCUCCUGUGGGCUUUGCCCAGCAUUCUACUACUCAGCUGGUACUAAGAAACAAAGGAAUUUAUGAGAGUGUAAAGCAUGUGCAGCAGGAGAACUUCUGGAUUGGUCCUUGCUCUGAGGAUCUAAUUCACUUGGGAGCAAAGUUCUCCCCAUGCAUCAGACGAGAUAGUCAAAUAGAGAAGCUAGCACAGCAGGCCAAAGAUCUAGAGAGAGAGUCCGGCUGCUGUGUACAGAACGAUGGUUCUGGAUGUGUGCAGACCCAGAGUGACGACUGCUCGGAGACUUUAGCAACAUUUAUAAAAUGGAACAAAGAGAACGUAGACAUGGUGAGAUCUUCAGGUGCAGUCUGCCAUCAGGACCCAAGGACUUGUGAGGAGCCAGCCUCAUCAGGACCCCAUGUUUGGCCUGAUGACAUUACAGAGUGGCCGAUUUGUACAUACCCUAAAACAUGGAACCACACAGGAUACAAACACAUGGACUGCACACUGAAGGGCAGGCCAUGCUGUAUUGGAACUAAAGGAAGAUGUGAAAUUACCACUUGGGAGUACUGCCAAUUCAUGCGUGGAUAUUUCCAUGAGGAGGCCACACUCUGUUCACAGGUCCACUGCCUGGAUGAUGUGUGUGGGUUGCUGCCAUUCCUGAACCCCAGUGUCCCAGAUCAGUUCUAUAGACUGUGGCUCUCCCUUUUUCUUCAUGCUGGUUUACUGCAUUGCCUGGUGUCAGUGAUCUUCCAAAUGACUAUACUUAGAGACCUGGAGAAACUAGCAGGCUGGUUACGCAUUUCCAUCAUCUACAUUCUCAGUGGUAUUACAGGAAACCUUGCCAGCGCCCUCUUCCUACCGUACAGAGCAGAGGUAGGUCCAGCAGGAUCUCAGUUCGGUUUGUUAGCCUGUCUUUUUGUGGAGCUGUUCCAGGCCUGGCAGAUGUUGGAAAAGCCAUGGAAGGCUUUCCUGAAGCUAUUAUGUAUUGUUCUCUUCCUUUUCUCCUGUGGCCUUCUGCCCUGGAUUGACAACAUUGCUCACAUCUUUGGCUUCCUCAGUGGUCUUCUCUUGUCCUUUACUUUCCUUCCAUAUGUCACUUUUGGCACCUUGGACAAGUACCGCAAACGUGCUCUUAUUUUGUUGUCGCUGCUUGUCUAUGUGGGGUUGGUGGCCUCACUUAUUGUCUGGUUCUACAUAUACCCCAUAAACUGGCAUUGGCUAGAGCAUCUGACUUGCUUGCCCUUUACCAGCAAGUUUUGUGAACGCUAUGACAUUGAUCAUGUAGUACACUAGCUUUGUUCUUUGUAGGCUAAAACAAGAAGCUGAAUCCCAAUUUAAAAAAAGAGAAAAAACAGAGAGGAAGACAGCAAAUAAUUCCAUAUUUAGUUUGGAGUUCAGCACCUUUGUAACCCUAAAAUGCAAAAUGGCCAAUGUUUUCCCUAAGCAGUUCAGACCAUAUCUAACUCACUAACUCUGAUAGUGUGCAGGUAAACUGAUGUGUUGUUACUGAAGCCUGUUCUGUACUCUUGCUGUCUAUUUAGCUUAAAAUAUCUGACAGUAAAUGUCCUUCCAAAAUGAUUGUGUACAGUAAGCUUUAUACUCGUUUCAUCUGUCCUUAAACUUUUUUAAAAAUGCAACUUCACACUAACAAUCACUGAAAUAUAAAAUACCAUUCACAUAAUGGUUAAUUUCCUAUUAUUUUGGCUGUUUGUAUUUGCCCAAAGAACUGCAGAGCAAUUAAAUAAACUCCAAAGAGUCAUUUCACUUAACUGCUAUGAAUAAUAAGGUUUAAUCCCUCUAUAGACAACUUAAAACCUCUGUCAUUUAUCAACAUACUAGGAGUUUGAAUGUUGUGAACUGUAGCUUCCUGUACUUCUGUUCAUGGAUUGCAAGGAUCUUUCAAUCCUGUUUUUGAAUUGAACAAGGGGAACUGUUGUUGACAACCAGCCAUGUGUGGCUUCCCUUGGAAUAGAAUGUAUUGUUUUGUUUUGUUUGUUGUUUUGUUAUCUCCUUACAUUGUUUGCUGAGUGCUGCACUUGUGCCUUAAAAGAGAACAGGAGUGACAAUCUUACAAUCUGGAAUAUUUUUAUGUUAAAUGUAUUUGAACAUAUGAUUAGAGAUGGACCAAAUAACUAGUGCUUCAAAUAAUAAUACAAAUAAGUUUGGGAAUGUUAUUUUCUGUGAAACAAUUAUGUUUAUAUUUUUGUCUUUCAUAAUUUGUUUGCGAAAAAAAUCCUUAAAUGUGACUAAUUCUCUGUGCCUUAUUUAAUAAAUAAAAGCAUCGUUAAGACCAGAA